AUGGAUGGUGUCGGCAAACUUGGGCUAUCAACUUUACAAAAAGUUACAUCGGCAUUUCGCAUGUUGGCGUAUGGAACAUCAGCAGAUAGUACUGACGAAUAUGUUAGGAUCGGUGAGUCAACUGCAAUUGUGUGUUUAAAGAGAUUUUGCAGAGCAACUGUAGAAGUAUAUGGAGAUGAAUAUCUGAGGACUCCCAAUGUCGACGAUGUUGCAAGGUUAUUGCAAAAGGGCGAAGAAAGAGGUUUUCCAGGAAUGUUAGGAAGUCUAGACUGUAUGCAUUGGCAAUGGAAAAAUUGUCCAACAGCAUGGGCAGGACAAUACUCAGGUCGUCAUGGAGGUCCAACCAUUAUUCUUGAGGCAGUAGCAUCAUAUGAUCUAUGGAUAUGGCAUGCAUACUUUGGCUUACCAGGAUCCAAUAACGAUAUUAAUGUAUUGCAGUCGUCUAAUUUGUUCGACAAUCUAUCACAAGGUAUUGCUCCUCCUGCUCAUUACACAAUUCAAGGAAAAAAUUAUGAUGUCGGUUAUUAUUUGGCCGAUGGCAUAUAUCCGAAAUGGCCAACACUUGUUCAAACCAUUUCUAAUUCUGAUGAUAAAAAGAAACAAUAUUUUGCAAUGAUGCAAGAAGCAUGUCGAAAAGAUGUUGAGCGGGCAUUCGGUGUUCUCCAAUCACGAUUUGCUAUCAUCAAGGGGCCAGCCCGUUUUUGGGAUAAACGAACUCUGCAUGAUAUCAUGACUGCUUGUAUUAUAAUGCACAAUAUGAUUGUCGAAGAUGAACGCGACGAGCAAGAAGAUGUUGUCAUUUCAACUCCACAAUCAAUUCCGAAUGCUGAAAAUAUGGAGAUAACGGAAACUGAACGAUUCCAACGGUUUCUUGCUCGACAUAAGAGGUUGAAAAACAAAGAAGCUCAUUUUGCACUUCGAAAUGCAUUGAUUGAACAUUUGUGGGAAAGACAUGGAAAUGAAGCGAUGUAA